AGGAGCUCCUCUAGCAGCUCAUACAGAGCUGGACAUCGCUCAUUAGUGGAGGAGACAAACUCUGUAUUUCAGGAACCGGGGACUCGGUCACAGCAGGGACUACAAACAUGACAACCACUAAUGGGACCAUUGAGAACGGACAGCCAGACAAAAAGCAUCCCAUACUGCCCAGACCACUCUGUAACCUGGAGAUCCAGCAUCGCAAGGUAACGCCUGUACUUAUAUCAUGUACAUUGUAAUAUAUCAACUGUACACAUAGCAUACCCAUAUACAUUGUAACACAGCAACUGUACAUAUAGCAUACCCAUAUACAUUGUAAUACAGCAACUGUACACAUAGCAUACCCAUAUACAUUGUAAUACAGCAACUGUACACAUAGCAUACCCAUAUACAUUGUAACACAGCAACUGUACACAUAGCAUAUCCAUAUACAUUGUAACACAGCAACUGUACAUAUAGCAUACCCAUAUACAUUGUAAUACAGCAACUGUACACAUAGCAUACCCAUAUACAUUGUAAUACAGCAACUGUACACAUAGCAUACCCAUAUACAUUGUAACACAGCAACUGUACAUAUAGCAUAUCCAUAUACAUUGUAAUAUAUCAACUGUACAUAUAGCAUACCCAUAUACAUUGUAAUACAGCAACUGUACAUAUAGCAUACCCAUACCCAUAUACAUUGUAAUACAGCAACUGUACACAUAGCAUACCCAUAUACAUUGUAAUACAGCAACUGUACACAUAGCAUACCCAUAUACAUUGUAAUACAGCAACUGUACAUAUAGCAUACCCAUAUACAUUGUAACACAGCAAUUGUACAUAUAGCAUAUCCAUAUACAUUGUAAUAUAUCAACUGUACACAUAGCAUACCCAUAUACAUUGUAAUACAGCAUACCCAUAUACAUUGUAAUACAGCAACUGUACAUAUAGCAUACCCAUAUACAUUGUAAUACAGCAACUGUACAUAUAGCAUACCCAUAUACAUUGUAAUACAGCAACUGUACAUAUAGCAUACCCAUAUACAUUGUAAUACAGCAUACCCAUAUACAUUGUAAUACAGCAACUGUACAUAUAGCAUACCCAUAUACAUUGUAACAGCAAUUGUACAUAUAGCAUAUCCAUAUACAUUGUAAUAUAUCAACUGUACACAUAGCAUACCCAUAUACAUUGUAAUACAGCAACUGUACAUAUAGCAUACCCAUACAUAUAGCAUACCCAUGUGCAUUGUAAUAUCAACUGUACAUAUAGCAUAUCCAUAUACAUUGUAAUACAGCAACUGUACAUAUAGCAUACCCAUAUACAUUGUAAAACAGCAAUUGUACAUAUAGCAUAUCCAUAUACAUUGUAAUACAGCAACUGUACAUAUAGCAUACCCGUACAUAUAGCAUACCCAUGUACAUUGUAAUAUCAACUGUACAUAUACCAUAUACAUUGUAAUACAGGAACUGUACAUAUAGCAUAUCCAUAUACAUUGUAAUACAGCAACUAUACAUAUAUACAUUGUAAUAUAUCAACUGUACAUAUAUCAUAUACACUGUAAUAUAUUAUACCAGAGACCUAUACACUAUUAUAAUAACUGUACUUAUAACAUACACAUUGUAAAUAUAGCAACUUUACAUAUAUCAUAUACAUUGUAAUAUAAUAUAUCAUAAACCUAUACAUUGUAAUAUACCUGUACAUAUAACAUAUCCAUAUACAUUGUAAUACAGCAACUGUACAUAUAGCAUACACAUAUACAUUUAAUUACAGCAACUGUACAUAAAUCAUAUACAUUGUAAUAUAUGUCAUCCUAUAGAAUGUAAGCUCGAUUGAGCAGGGUCCUCUUCAACCUAUUGUUCCUGUAAGUUUAUUUGUAAUUGUCCUAUUUAUAGUUAAAUCCCCUCUCAUAAUAUUGUAAAGCGCUACGGAAUCUGUUGGCGCUAUAUAAAUGGCAAUAAUAAAUAAUAAAUAAAUAAACCUAUACAUUAUAAUAUAAUACCUGUACAUAUAAUGUAAACAUAUACAUUGUAAUAUAGCAUGUGCACAUAAUAUCAUAAACCUAUACACUGUGAUAUAACAGCUGUGGAUAUACCAUAGACAUAUACACUGUGGUAUAAUACCUGUACGUAUAUCAUAAACAUAUACACUGCAAUAUAGUAUAUGUAGCAUACACCUAUACAUUGGGAUAUAACAUUUGUAGAUAUAUUUAUUUUAUUUAUUUAUAAAAUAUUUUACCAGGAUGGAUACAUUGAGAUUUCUCCCCCUGUUUUCAAGUAUUUCCUGGGUCUUUGUCCACAAAACAUUGCAUUGUUACAAUAAUAGGAUACAAUAUUACAAAAAUACAAUAUACAAACUAUAUGUAUACACACAUAUAUAAAUGUAAUACAUAACAGGUAAUAAAUAUAUUUAACCAUGACAGGUGCGUUCUGUGCUGAGGUAUAUUGCCAUAGAUCUCUUAAAAGAUUUUAGAUUGAAUGAAGAUUUGACUGUGUCCCUGAGGUUAUUCCAUAAUUGCAGUGCCCUGUAGGAAAAGGAGAAUCGAGCCACUUUAUUUUUGUAUUGCGGUAUGCUAAAUAUCGCGUUAGUACUGGGUCAGAGGUUAUAGGAGGUGGGAACACCCUGGGAGAGCAUUCUACUCAGGUAGGAUGGGAGCUUCCCAGAAAUGCUCUUAUGCACAAGGCUGGAAAGAUGAAGAGUACGUCAGGAUUCCAGCGACCGCCCGUAUAGCUCUUUUAACAUGUCAUAGUGGUGGGUAAAGUAAUUACAUUCUAGUACAAAGCGGCAGAACAAAUUAUAUAACGUAUUAAGUUUAUUAAGGAGGGUUUGCAGUGCAGGUGUAUACACUACAACCCCAUAAUCAAUGACCGGCAUUAGCAUUUGUUGCACUGUUUCCUUACUGUAGGGCUUAGGUAGGAUUUGUGUACAGGGCACCUAGUUUUGGGUAAAGUUUUGAACAGAUUUUUUCAAUGUGAAGGCCAAAGGAUAGAUUGGGGUCUAGCAACAUACCUAGAUAUUUAAAAGAGCAGACUGCUGUCAGUGUGCUAUUUGAAUUUGUUCUGAUACACAAUUGUUGAUUUUGUAGUUUACGUAAUUUAGGUACAGUUCCAGAGAUAAUUGUAACAGUUUUGUCAGUGUUUAGGAAGAGUUUGUUAUCCGCUAUCCACUUUUCUACCUCGGUCAAUUGGUUUUGGAGCACAGCCUCAAACUGUAGCUUGGGUUUACUAGCGUAGAUUACAGUGCCGUCUGCAUACAUGUGUACAGUUGAGGAUUUGCAGAUCCUUUAUAAAUAAUGUGAAUAGCAGGUGGCCCAAAAUGGAGCCUUGGGGAACACCAAACAUGACUGGAAGAGGGAGGGAAAAGCUUUCAGAAAUGGCCACAUAUUGCAAUCGGUCUGAAACAUAAGAUCGAAGCCAGGUUAGCAGACGAUCAUUAAUGCCUGAGUUUUUAAGUUUUUGAGUUUUUGAAAAAGAAUGCCAUGGUCUACUGUGUCAAAGGCCUUGGCAAAAUCAAGGAAAAUAGUUCCAGUUAAGUCUCCUUGUUCCAUGCCAAUUUGGAUGUCAUUGCAAAUUUUUAAGAGGGCAGUCGAAGUUGAGUGACUUGGAUGAAAGCCUGAUUGAUCAUAAACCUAUUCGUUGGGAUGUAAUACCAUAUAUCAUAAACCUAUACAGUGUAAUAUAAUACCUGUACAUAUACCUUAAACCUAUUCACUUUAGUAAAACACCUGUACACAUAGCAUAAAGCUAUACACUGUAAUAUAACAACUGAAUAUAGAAUAAACCUAUACACUGUUAUAUAACAGCUGUACAUGUAUCAUAAAUCUAAACAAUAUAAUAUGACACCUGUACAUUUAGCAUCACCUAUAUGGUACAAUGUAACUACACAUAGCAAUGCCUACACACUGGAACCUAACACCUUUGCAAAUACCAACACUGAGAGAUAACAGUCCUUUGAGAUAAUGGUAGACAGGGGUUCCAAAUAAACUUUUUCCCAUGGAACCCUUUGGCAUAGUGUGCCAACAUCACGGAACGCCUCAAAAAUAAAAUUAGCGUCAAAGCACAAACCUUUUAAUGAUUUUUUUUUGUUUUUUUAAAUAAAAUGAUUUCUAAUAAAAUUUAACAAAAGCAAAAAAACCCUUAUCCCAAGUAAAUAAGGGCAAAAGUUUGAUAUACAAAUAUUUUCAGCAGCACACUUUUAACCAGCACAGUCUGACUCUAGAAAAACAAAUAACUGUACUCAGAUGCCACAUUGGCCACCUAUAUAAAGGGCAGCACAAUAAAACAAAUCAUUUUUACGUGAAGCCACAUUGGGCACAAUACUGAUUGAAAAAUAGCUGAGCCUAAAAGACAGAGAUUUCCUACAUGCAACUGAGAUAUUUCAAUGUUCACAACCAUGUGAGUCUGAAAUGGUUGUAGGCAGGUGAGUAAGAUCAUAGUCUCGCGAUCUUUCCUGUCCACUUCCAGGGACAUAACAUCCAUUUUGGAUGUUAGAUGUGGCGAACCCCAGGGUACUAAUCGGGAGACCCUGGUGUAAGAUAUGAUACAUUCUAUAGAAUUGUAGAACCGUGAGAUUAUAUAUCCUAUGACCUAUACUCUAAUAAAGUAAUAUAUGUUGUACGCUGGAAUUCUAUGUUUGGGUAGAAUACAGAUUUCCAUAUAAUAAUAAUAAUAACAAUAAUAAUAACAACAACAACAACAACAACAACAACAGGUAUUUAUAUAGCUCCUUUCUCCUUGUGGGACUCAGCACAUGCUCUCGGAAUUAACCAAAUUGGCAGCUGAAUAAUAGAUUACCCAAUUGAUGGUACUCAUUUUAUAAACCUCAGAAGGAUGAAGGGCGAAGUUGACCCUGCUGGGAUUUGCUAUAAUAUUACAGGGUUCCAAAUCAGUUGUGAGUCUUUGCGUAUAGAUUUGUUUAACAAGCUGUUUACUUUAUAUGCUGUUAUAGUAAAACUCAUUACUUUACACAUGUUUUGUUGUGGAAUAUUCUUAAGGUGACAUGCUAUGCUGUAAAAAGUCAUUAGUUGUCAGUAGAAUGAUCUAUGCACUACUUUCAGGCUAAGAAAUGAAAUCCCUAAUUUAAUUCCACAUAAAAUAUUUGGCUCACCAAAGGGAUGACAGAUAAUAAGUAUAGUGAAGAGCGUAUAUAUGCGCACUUACACCCUUUUCUGGUGACUAUUUAAUAAGGGUCCAUAUAAUAAUUCAUAGUUAAUACUUAGAAACUUAGUAGGCACAUUGAAAGGGCUAGACCGUGCUCUAAAAAGUUCUUGAUAGACAAUGUUACCGCAGUCUUCAAAAGAAAGUGUAACUGUAUACAGUGUUAUAGUAUUCAAAUAUAUUAUAUUCUGUACUUUAUUCCAGCUUUCUUUUAAUUCAGUGCAUUUUUUUUGCCUCUCCAAUGGAAACAUUACAUUCAUACAGACAUUGGUUACAAUUAAAUGAGUAGCAUUUCUUUUCAUUGUGUGCAGAUUUUUUUUUUUUUUUUUAGUAGUUUUUGAGUUAAGUUGAGCUGAGGACACUUAUUAACAUGUUUACAGACGUGUAUCACUAAGGUCAAGUUUCAAAGUGUAUCAUUGCAUAUUCUGCCUUGAUAUCACUCAAGCUAUGUUGCAAGGCUAAAUAAGGGUAUCAGUGAAGUUACGAUUUAAUGUAUUAAUGAUGAAGGAUGCAUAGGAAUAAGUAAGCUUCCACUGUGGGGAGUCCAGUGUUACAGAGUGGGUACAUUUCAAUAAGGCUAUUCUUCAGUGCAUCCAGAUUGUAGUAUAUCCAUGUACACUCAGUAGCCAGUUGACACACCCACAGUAUUGUUUACAAAGUGAAUUUCAUAUUUAAGUCUAUAUUAGCUGACUUGUAGAACUUUUCCAUUAUAGAUAUUUUUCGACUAUAACUUUCUAAAUUCACUUUGAAUUCUCACUUUAGUGAAUAAACCAGAUACCGCGCUAUGGAAUCUGCUGGCGCUAUAUAAAUAAUAAUAAUUGUUUUAUUUCCCAAUAACAGCAAGGCUGGAUUGUUGUGUAUCUCAAUCUCAUUUAUAACAAUGUGUACAUAUGGCUUUAAAUUUAAAACAAAGGUUUUAGUCUAUAUAUAGCAGUGGAAAUUAUCAACAAGACACUCAUAGUGGGUAUACAGGAGUAAAAGGAUGUUCAUUGACGAGAUAUGAGAUGGGGAGGUGGGAUUGAGAGCUUUGAAGGUAAGAAGAGUGGUUUACAACUGGAAUCCAUAAUGUUGAUUUUAUGUGACAAUUGUGGUUUUAGAUUAGAGAAAAUUUAUUCUUUGGGUUAAGCUAAAAAAAAAAAAAAAAAAAAUAACCAUGAUAAAGGGAAUUAGGUAAACUAAUGAAUAAAGAGCUGCAGUAGUCCAGUAGAAAAAAGAUCAAUGUUGCAAAAGGUUUUUUUCUUGUGACAUACAUUUGUAGAUGUAUUACUCUGUUAUGAAGGCAGAAGAGAUUGGUUGUACAUGGGUUACUCCUAGACUUUGUCAUUGUGUUACUGAAGUAAAGGGAGAGAUUUAGAAAGAAAAACAAACAGCUUAAAUUCUUUAACAUGUUAUGUUUUAGUCAUCAGUGAGCCAUCCAGCAAAACACAAAACAACCGUGAAACUUUCUGCUCGCUCUACGAUUUCCACAGAGUCAUUCAUUUUGAUAGUUACCGAAACUAAAAUAAUGUACUAUUACAGUAUCAGGUGUUAUGAUAGAAACCAGCAGUACAUUAGACAAAGAAUAGAGAACAUAGGGAGUAAAGGGGAUGGUCACUAGUGUCAGAACAAGAAGGAAUAAAACGUGAAGUACCCUUCAGAAUCAUAUUGCUUGGACCAAUUUAGCAUUCCUAUGUGAAGAAGGGGGCAAAACCAGUAACCUAGAUCCCUGUGUGAUCACAAGCCUUCUCUGAACUUAUCCAAAUAGUGAAUGUCAUAUAAAGACAUACAGUUGUCUCUACAAGCCUUGGUAAACAUACCAGAUAUGACAAAAGGGGAGUGAGUCUGGAUUAGAAAAAUGUGGACUUCAGGUAUGGAAAUAAUAAGGUGGUAAAUGGAAAGGGAGGUGGCACCUACUCUUCCUAAUAGGCACACAGUAAGCUAAUAAGCUAACAGAGCAAUAUCUAGUAAUAGCCAAUUGAGAGAAAGUUAUCAUUGCUUAGGCGUCCAGGAUUUGGGAAGGUGCCAGUAAGGGGGGUAAAGAGGGGCAUAUGCAAGGUGUGUGAUCAUUGUGAUGUCAGUGCUAUUGGUAGAAUGCUGGAUUUAUUUAUAGGAUUACAGUGUAGCUGUAGGAGUGCAGGCUACAUAGUGAGACACUAGUCAUUGUGACUGCCUGGAGGAAAGUCAUUCUGCUGGGACACUCACCACUGUUGUGUCACCUUCAAUCCACCUCCUUUAUGAUUUCUCGGAGCCCAGCUAUGCUUCAUAUGUUUCUACAUCUAAUACAAAAAUAAUGUAUAGGGCCCCAAACAUGUAUAGAACAAAAAAGUAAUUAGCAACUAGUGUAAUAAUUGUCAGCAGACAAAAUGAAGAUAUGAAGUUUCAAUUUAAUUGUCUGAUAAGAAAUCCAGACCAAAAAUAAGGGGUGGUAAAUAGGUGCAGAGGUUUCUGCUUACUGUGUGCUUACACUGCAUUUGGUUAGAGCAUUCUACCAUACCCACUGCACAUUGUGUAAGGUAGGACAAGAUUGUAGAAGGUAUCUAGCCCAGCCGCCUCUUCUCUCUUUAACCUAUCCCCCCACAUGUGGAUUUAUAGGUUAAGCAGGUGAUCCUGUGUUCCUGAUUAUUAGGGAAUCUCCCAAUUAAUUAAUUGCUUUAUUCAUCUAUGAUUCUACUGAAUCAGUUAAUCUUGUUAUUAGUUUUAGAAUUCUUCAGGAUUUAAUUAAGGUCCAAUUUAAAGGUAGUUGGGUUUAGGUAAAAAAAAAUUUGGGUUAAUCUUGUUUGUUUGUAUUAUAAUUUUGCUGCAAUUGAAUAUUGUGUGUCAGCCAGUUGAACAAAGUGCUAAUCUUUGGUAAAUAUCUCUGUUAAGCUUUUGAUCAUUAAAAUAUAGUGAUAACUAUUAUCGUCAUCCAAUUGAUGUAGUAUUAGUUUUAUAACACUACCUGCAAAGAUGCUCCCAUUGUGCUGAAUGCUCCUGGAGGAAGUCUCACACCCAGGCAGACUUUCUCCAUUAUAGAUUCAUAUUGUGUUCAUACAGUGCAGCCCUUGCCCUCAUCACAGUCAUACUUUUCCUCUCUCAUUAGUUCAUGCUCCUGCAAUCCUAGACUUCUCUUUGACACCUUUAACUCUCUUCUUUGCCCUGCUGUGGCCACCCCUCAAACUAACCUUACAGCCGAUAGCUUUGCAUGCUACUUUACCGACAAGAUUGAACAGCUAAGGAAAGAAUUGUCCCCACCCUGCCUUUCUCUUUCUCAACCACACUUAGAUCAUGCCUUUCCUACCCUUCAGACUUUCUCCCCAGCUACUGAACAAGAGGUGGCUAUGCUCCUCAUUUCCCCUAGCCCCACCACUUGCCUGCUUGAUCCUGUCCCAUCUCACCUUAUCAGAUCUCUCUCCCCUUGUCUUGUGCCUUCCUUAACACACAUCUUCAACUGUGCUCUCUCUCCUGGCACUGGCCCUGCUGACCUUAAACAUGCCACUGUAGUACCUAUCCUAAAAAAUAAAAUAAAAACCUCUCGACCCGUCCUCCCCCUCUAACAAUCGUCCCAUAUCUCUGCUCCCUUUUUCCUCAAAGCUUCUGGAAAGACUUUUCUUUACUCAUCCGACUUGUUUCGUCAAUUCCAACUCUCUCCUUGACCCUCUUCAAUCUUGCUUCUACCCCUCCAUUCUACUGAGACUGCUCUUAUCAAAGUUACAAACUACCUAAUUGCAGCUAAAUCCAAAGGCCACUACUCCAUACUAAUUCUCCUUGAUCUCUCUGCUGCCUUUGACACCAUUGAUCAUGCUCUCCUUCAAACUCUUCAAUCAUUGUCUCUGACUGUUCUCUCGUGGUUUUCCCAACGCUCAUCAGUGUCCUUUUCUAAUGAUACCUCCUCCCUUCGUCCUGUCUCGGUUGGAGUCCUUGGUCCCCUUCUAUUUUCUCUUUAUACUGCCUCUCUUGGUAAACUUAUUGCCACUAGCACCUAUAUGCUGACAACACCCAGAUAUAUCUCUCCUCCCCGGGGUCAUACUUGAUUCUGGUCUCACCUUUGAGCCUCACAUCCAGCAUGUUACCAAGUCCUGUAGAUUCCAUCUUAAAAACAUAGCCCGCAUCUGCCCCUCUCUUACGCAAGAUGGUACCAAAAAGCUUGUCCAUGCUCUAGUAAUUUCCCCCAUGGAUUAUUGUAACCCUCUCCUAAUUGAUCUUCCCAAAAAACAUAUUGCCCCGCUACAGUCUGUAAUGAAUACUGCCGCCAUACUGAUUUUCCUCUCUAGUCGGUCCUCUCACACCUCACCCCUCUGUCAGUCUUUACAUUGGCUUCUUGUAUCCUAUAGGAGUCAAUUCAAAGUGCUAACCUAUACAAAUAAAGCAUUGACCAAUUCGAGCUCCUCUUAUGUCUUUUCACAGAUCCAUAGGUAUGCCCCUUCUCGAUCUCUCCACUCUGCCCGUGACCUUCUUCUGUCUGCUUCUCGCACGCGUACGGCCAACUCACGCUUGUAGGACUUCUCGCGGGCGUCUCCCUUCCUAUGGAAUAACCUGCCUAACGCCAUCAGACUCUCCCCAUGUCUUUAAUUGUUUAAGAAGUGCCUUAAAAUCCAUCUCUUUAGGAAAGCUUAUGGCCUCCCAGAGUAACCUCUACCUCAUAUACCUGUCUCUUGCUCUCUUCUAAAGAGCAUCGCUCUACUCUCUCCUCCAGGUCUGCCUCACUCACAUCUUAUUUGAUUGCCAUUUCCUGUCCUAAUGUGUUCUAUACCCCACCUCCUAUAGACUAAUCUCGUUUGAGCAGAGUCCUCUUCAACCCAUCGUUCUUGUAAUUGUCCUAUUUAUAGUUACAUCCCCGCUCUCAUAAUAUUGUAAAGCGCUACGCAAUCUGUUUGCGCUAUAUAAAUGGCAAUAAUAAUAACAAAGUCUGUUUAAUUUUUUAUGCAUUUGCAAGGAAAUUACAUAGAAAGUGAAUUAUUAUUAUUAGCAUUAAUAUAGCGCCAACAUAUGCCUCCGCACUUUGCAAAUAUUGAAAGAUGUUUAGGAGUGAAGAACGCCCUGCUCAAAUGAGCUUACAAUCUAUGAGGAUUUGAGGCAGGCAUGUGUUUUCUAUAUGGUAUCUAGAUAAAUUUACAAAUUACAAUCCAUUGUUGAUAUGUUUUCUAGCUGUUUUCUGUUGCUGUUGAAUUUGCUAAGAGUUAGAUUAAUGCAUCAAUAAUUCUUCUUCUUCUGAACGAAGUCGGAUUUAGUAUAAGGCCAUUUUCACAGAACCGGUAAUGGUAUCGGAAUGGUGAUAUUGUGAUCACUUCAACAUCAUUAAAAGCUCCGUAACAGCAGGUAACAUUUUGAUAAUUGCAAACAGUAGAUAGUAAUUUACCCCUCAACGAAAAAAAAAUACUAAUAAUGAAAAAAAUCUAAAGAAAUUUGCUAUUCUGGCCACCCCCCUUACACACAUUUUUUGGAGAAAUGUGCAAUGUGGCAGAUUUAUAUGUGUGAUUUGUGUAAGCUAGUUCCUUUACAAGGAAAGGUUAAAGGAACUUAACAUGUCUAGCUUGGAGGAAAGAACAGACAGGGGGGAUAUGAUAGAAACCUUUAAAUACAUAAAGGGAAUCAACACAGUAAAGGAGGAGACUAUAUUUAAAAGAAACCCACCUUAAUAAACUCAAUACAUUGUAUAACUCGUUCUGCUGAUUUGCGCUAUAAUGUAAUUACAGGACCCACCAUUGUGACAAGCUAAAACAACUAAACCGGCUGUUCCUGGAAUCCAGACACACCCUUCAUCUUUCCAGCCUUGUGUUUAAGAGCUUUUCUGGGAAGCUCCCAUCCUACCUGAGUAAAAUGCUCUCCUCGGCUGUUCCCACCUCCUAUAACCUCCGAUCCAGUACCAGACCUUUAUUUAGUCUACCUCGAUACAAAAAGAAAGCGGCUCGAUCCUCCUUCUCCUACAGAGCGCCGCAAUUGUGGAACGACCUCCCGCACUGUCACGAGUGGCGGUACGGAAACCGGGACCCCUGAGUGCCUGAUGAGAAGUGGGAGUCUUCAGCGUGGUAAUGGACUAUCAGGGCCUGGUGCAGGGUAACCACACGUCCUCUGGCGUUGAGCACUAGGGUUUGCGCGGCCACAUACCAGAACCCUGAUGCAGAUACAGCUGAUCUCAGGAACUAGAAGAUAUGCAGACCUCCCAGGAACUGGAUAGGGGUUUUCUGCAGCAGACAUGUAUCCAGUACAGAAACAAGGCAAGGCUACGAUAGUCACCAAACAUGAAAACAAGACAGAACUAAUAGAAACCAGAACCAGAGCAGGACAGAAAGCAGAACCCAGAACAUGUACACAAGACAUGAGGGAAACAUGGGCAUGACUGGACAGGACUGUACUGGGAUUACAAAAUAAAACAAGACAAGAUAUAAUGGGCAAAACAAGAGGAGACAUAACUAAGCACUAUAUAUGAAAAGUAUGGGGAUUUAGUUACGUUAUAUGAUCAUACAUUGCAUAAGCCUGCCACAAUGCCAAUGUACCCCAUAUUCGGCAGGUCCUACACUGCCUAAUGUUCGCUAAAAGAACCAUUCUAAACCACAAUAGCACUUACCUGCAAGAAAGGGCAGAGACUUGAAACACUGCUGCAGGUUCAGACUGAAACAAAAUGGAAAACAAACAGGUGUGGCAACAUAAAACAAACAUUUAAAGGAAACCUGGACACUGGGAAUUCCAGGGACGGAUUACAGGAAUGAACCCAGAAAAACCCAGCAUAAAGAAAACCAGACAUAGAAUAGAAAACCAGAAAAAAACGAGAAAAACUAAGUAAGGAUUGUAAAAAGAGUACUGGAUACCAGAAACCAAGGACAGACAUCUCUGCAGAACAUGGCAUGAUGUGACACUUUAAAAUCUUCCCCAAGCUUAAAGUCCUUUAAGAGAUCCCUCUCUACAUACCUCAAAACAGAAUGCACGUGUUAUGGUUGAUUAUAUAUUUUCUACCUUUUCUAUGUUAAAUUUUGUAUAUAUUGUGUAUUAAUAUUGUUUUUGUAUUUUAUUGUAACCUAAUGUAACAAUGCAAUGAUUUGUGUACCCAGGACAUACUUGAAAAUGAGAGAAAUCUCAAUGUAUCUUUCCUGGUAAAAUAUUUUAUAAAUAAAUAUUAUUGCUAUUUAUUUAAUUUUACUAUUUAACAUUAUUUAACUGCUUGUGCACAUCUUUAUUUUAUGAAGCCAAUUUGCUAAGUCGAAGUAAUUAAUCAAGCUAGGUUGAUGUGUCUGUCUCAACAUUAUCAGAGUGGAGAUAAUGAGCCCAAAAUAGUUAGACAUGUGUGCGAUAUAUUAAAUGUUACGAUCUGCUUAGUCAGGCUGGAGGUCCUGGAUCAUGUAUGUUGUAUCUCUAUGGAAGAUUGCUAUGGCUCAGGACAGGCACCACCGAUAGCGGAUGUGGUGAUGUUGCAGGAGGGUGGUGAGUGGCCGAAAGUAGCAUCUCCAUGCCAGAGUGCUGCCGAAGGGGUCUGUGUAGAAGGUUAAAUCCACCACUUCAAAGUGACUGUCCCAUAACUGCUUUAUCUUUGCCGUUUUGAAAUUGGAGAACCAUGUCUCUUGACGCUGUGGCUGGAGCUCUGGUGGGUCGGGGCACGCCUAACAUGCCGGCAAGUACUGUAGUUUCCGUGAUCCUCGGUGUCAGCAGGGCCACUAGUAGGCGCCUAAUAAAAUGUGGCAGUUCGCGUUCCAGUAUGGUCUCCGAAACACUGAGUUUGAUGUUAUUACGCCGCUUGGCAUCUUCUUGGGCCGCAAAGCGGUGUUCGUAGGAUUGGUUGCUGCAGUUCCUUCACUGCCUGAGUGAAGUUAUUUACUGUGUUCCUGUGUGGGAGGUAUGCUCCAGUUUGCUUAUUCUGCCCGUUAGGCCUUGCAGGUGUCUGCGCAGCACCGACACGUCUGCCAAGAUUUUUUUAUGCAGGUCCGCCAGGAGGUCUCGCAGCACUGCUGUGGUCACUGGUGCAGAUUCUGGGUUUGUCUGUGGGGAAGCAGGUUGGUUUGGCAGGUGCGUUAUCAAAGCGUGUAUAGUGCCCACUUCAGUGUCGCAAGAGAGGUCGUCUGAGAAAUCGGAAAAAUAAACAGCGCGAAACGCCAUCUUGGGGCCAUGUGAACCCUGGGCCUACCACCACAAAUCCCCAAUUGUUAGCCCUGACCUGGGCCUGUCCAGCUUAGGUUUCUUUGUUUUGCGCCCCAUUGGGUCUGCGAUUGGGUCCCCCAUACUCAGCCAAGGUAAGUUUUUGCGGUGAAAUAUGAGCUUUGAAGGGCUGUAUGGCUUGGAGCUCAGUAAACAUGCGACCAGUUGCUUCUGCAGCUUGACUCCGCCACCGGUCCGUUCUUUAUUUAAACCUUUGGGUAUUCAGAUUGAAACAUAUGUUUUUUCUAAGAACAAUAGCUAUGUGGGGAACAGUGUUAGAGGUAUGGCAUUAAACAUUUACUAGUCUGGUUUCUAAAAUUCUUUAAAUUUUAAAGUCAAUAUUCAGGUGGACCAAUGUGCUGCUGUGGUAAAUCUAUAAGUUUUUUUUAAAGAUUUCUUGGACAUCCUUGGAUGUUUCCAAGUUCUAACCCAACUUUAACAUACAUCUACAGCCAUGAAUUGAUGGAAAUAUCUGUGUUUGUUCCUUCUUUCUUUUCUAUGUAAUGUUUUAUGAUAUUCAUUUUUGUCAUGGUAUUUAUCAUGUUUUGCUUGAUAAUAUUUCUCCAAUCCCUUUGACCAUCUGAGUACCCAUUGUCUUAAGUUGCACUGUUUCACAUCCAAGGACCAACUUUUCAGGUUCAUGGGGCCCUUGUAAUUUGACAUUCAAAAAAGGAAUAUUUAGAUCACAUGGUUUGGACACUCUAUAAAGAACUAGAAGUAGUGCUUGAGUUGGAAAUAACUGUAACGAAUAAAAUAUAGGCGAUGGUGAAGUGUGGUAGCAGAGUUCAGACAAAUGCUCAGAAAAUGUUGCUAUCAACAAAGAAGUGCACAACUAUACAAGGUGAAAUCCAUGGUAUUCAUGAGCUAGCUAGGUCAAAACAGAAGAAACACAAACUUAUGUAGAAAAUCACAUUUAGCAUCCAUAAAGCACACAAAGGUAAUUUAAUGUUACCAUAGCAAUACAUUCUAGAUGAGGCAACCAAAAGGUGAUGAUAAAUAUUAUUAUUUUUUAUAAAACAUUACCAGAUUUGGCAGUUGCUGAGCGGUAGGCCCUGCUAAACAAUCUUACAUUCUAGGGGGUGUGUGGUAUAAUGAUACUAUACAUUAGGGCUAGGCAACCUUCGGCACUCCAGAUGUUUUGGACUACAUCCCCCAUAAUGCUCUUACACCCAUAAUGCUGGCAAAACAUCAUGGGAGGUGUAGUCCAAAACAUCUGGAGUGCCAAAGCUUGCCUAUGCCUGCUAUACAUCAUCAAUCAAGAACCUUAGAAUAUAGGUGAUUGUUUACAGAAACAAACACUAUUUGCAUAGAACAAUAAUUCCUGAAUUAGCUUUCAGCUCCCAGUUUCCAGACAGUUCCUACAAUUAGAUGGAAUGCAGUGAGACACUCUUUCAUGCAGCCCACACAAGCUUGGCUUCUCUCAUUAUUAAUGCUGACUUUUGAGAUUUCUAAGACCCUCUGUGAAACUAAAGCACGUUCUGAGACUAUCUAUGGGACUACACCUUAAAUUACUAGCAAACUGUAAAAUGGAUUAAAAUAGAAUGUUUAGGUGUAUGGCCAAUGCAUGGAGUAAAUCAAUGACCUCAUACGUGACUUUCAUACCAGUCAGUUUUGUCCAGGAAUAAGUUUCUUUUAAAAUUUAAAUUGAAAACAUUUAAUUCAAUUUCUUUCAGAUAUUCAUUAACAAUGAAUGGCACAGCUCCAUGAGUGGCAGACAAUUUCCUGUAUCCAACCCAGCCACUGGCAAGAAGAUCUGUGAAGUGGAGGAGGCAGACAAGGUAUUAAUGUCAGAAUGAGGAUGAGCAUUGCAGCAGUAUAAUACACUGCCCAGUGCCCAAUUAAUAAUACAGACUUUCAGAUCAAGAGAUUUAUUAAAUAAGGUUAUUUAAUAAAGUUAUUCAAAUUUGUUUGUAGGAGACAUUUAUAACUAAUUAUAUACUGCAUAUUUACACUAUUCAUACUGAUUCAUUUAAACACUUAAUUAACUUAUGCAAUUAAUACAAGUUAUUCAUAUGGCUCUAUGAUCGUGUAAACAAGGUCAGUAAACUACAUCUGAUUAACUAUUUUGUGUUACAUUAGCCCUUGGUGACUUUCUUCGUAUAUUGGAAAAUGUGCCCCAAUACAUAGUGGUGGGCCGUCUAAGUACAUCAAUUACACUGUAAACAUGCUUAAAGGGCUACUAGAGCUGGAUUUUGAAUUGGUCAAUGCAAUUUCCUUUAAUUUGUGCCAGUAGAACUUAUUAUAUAUGUUUCUAUCUGUAACUAUGUUGUACAUCCACUGUACCGCACAAAGGAAUAUUAAAUAAUAAUAAAAAUAAUAAUAAUAGAAAGAUUGGCAAUCUAGCUGUGAAUACUGUUCUGGUUCUACAGCUGCUCGUGUUUGUACACAUGCAUUAUCCCACACCGCCAGCAGUUAUAUAUGCUUCAUAACUUUUCCACACUCCCCCAGCUCUGCACUGUAAAUGAUCAUAUUCAUAGAUUUAUGUAAACCUGGCAGAAAAUGCUUUUCUCAGACAUCACAAUCCCUUACUGAAAUGAACAGACUCCAUCUGGUUUAAAGCGACAGGUGGAAGAGUGGCCGAAGAUGGCCUAGGAAAACCUCUUGGCAACUUUCAAAGAAUACAACCAGCAAAAGUAAAGGAGAACAUAUGGAAACCAUCAGCUUUAUCAUGUUUUGCUAUCAUUUUAAGAUGGACGAAAUGUAUCAUCUGUCAGGACACACAUUUAUUACAAUGCAGUUUAUUCUUUAUGGUAUUAUUUAUUUCUUUUUGCUGAUGAUUGUGUUUUACAGGAAGAUGUUGACAAGGCAGUCGAAGCUGCGAGGGCGGCAUUCCAAAAAGGGUCCCCAUGGAGAACGCUGGAUGCCACUGGCAGAGGAAAACUGCUUCACCGGCUGGCUGACCUCCUAGAACGAGACAGAAUCAUCCUGGCUGUAAGAGGGUUGUUACUGUCCCACACAUAAAACACGAUAUGCAUUAUUUUCUUCUUUCCCCAUAGGGGCAGUAAAAUAAGAACUUUAUAUAAAUAUUGAUUGGAAAAAAAAAAUGGGUCACAAGAGUAUUCUGAGAACGGGCAGCAGCUGAAAUAGCCUGCCCUUCAGUGGGUCCUCAGAUCUCAAGCUGGUUUUUGCUCAUCUUGUGCCAUUACAGAGAGAACAUCUCUGAAACAUAUCAGACUGGUCCCACCCAUACGGGCAGUCCAGAUCUGAAAUGCCAUCAAGUUCCCUCUGCACAAGAGACACAGCAACCCCAGACGAUCGUUUCAGCCUUGUUAGGCAUCAUCAGUGAAGCAUAAAUAUUGAUUAGACCGUUAAAACUGUGCCAUUAACUUUCACAAGAUAAAUGUAUUUAGUGUGACCUCUAUUCACUCAUGCAUACUUUACCAUUGGUUAAAAUUUGGUUUUAUAUAGUCCAGUCAAGGACACUUAUAUUCCGAUAGUCGUGGCCAAGAUGAGUUUGGCAUGCGUUGUAUUUGUCCAACUGUAAUUUAGGAUGGGUCAAGGUUCUUUAUAUUAACAUGCAAAAUAAAGAUGACAGCAGUAUGAAAGCUCCAUGUGCUCCCCCCUUGUUCUCAGUAUCUUGUAAUUAAUUUCCUAGGUCAAUUUAUUCAGUUUUUAUUUCUACUCCCUCCUGUUGUAGACACUGGAAACAAUGGACACAGGAAAACCUUUCCUCCAUGCCUUUAUGGUGGACCUCGAGGGCUGCAUUAGGACUUUGCGUUAUUAUGCCGGCUGGGCUGACAAGAUACAAGGAAAGACUGUCCCAGUUGGUCAGUAAUUUAGUAUCAUACUAUGAUUAUGUAUAUUUUACAUAACUCAGAAUUCUCCUGAACAGUUCCGGUCAUGGUUCUAUGUCCGUUUUUCUGUCACAACUUUGGUUUUCAAUAAGGAUUUAUGUUCCAUAAGCAAAGCAGAUAGCAUUUUACACAGUAUAUGCUUGUGAUUAAAUGGGUGAUUAACUUGUAAAUAUGGUCUAUUUUCUCUUGGCUCUAUUCUAUGGUAUAGGUACCUACUUGAAGUGAAACUGACUUACAGGGUUAAGCAUAAACUGUUCAUUAAUUAAAUAUUCUCACUUUUACUAUAUAUUUAUAUAUUUUCAAACAUUAAAAAGACGUCAAAGUAUAAUCUUUUAGUCAACAAAUGUUGAAUAUACUUGGAUUUUUUAUCAAUACAGGAUUAUGAAAAUUUCUUAAAAUAUUCUUCUGUUAUUACUACUACUACUAUUAUUACUACUGUAAUAAUGUUUGUAUUAUUUUCAUAAGAUAUUAAUGUCCUUUGUGAUUUGUUUCAGAUGAAAAUUUCCUCUGCUUCACUGUGCAUGAACCCGUCGGAGUGUGUGGGGCCAUUACCCCCGUAAGUAUGAGUCAUGGUUGACGGGACUAAUUCAUCUGAGUGAUCUAGAACCACAUAGUCGGAAUCUGUAACAUCUGCACUGUACAUAUAGAUUAAGCUAAAAACGUGUUAAUCACUCAGCCACAACAAUUAUUAGUGGGUAUAAAUAACUAAACACUGCAGAAUUCUUGUUAUUAUUUUAGAUGAGACUGAUUUAAAUGGAAACAUUGUGUGCCUCCUUGUUGACUCCUGCUGUAUAGCACACCUGCAUUGACAUUAAGGGCAGCAGUACACAUCAUAUUCUCUCUCCGUUUGUAUUCAGGGGGGUCAAAUGAUGGCCUAUACAAAAUAAAAAAUAAAACAUUGUUUAAAACUGUUUAAAAAAAAAAACUAAAAAUAAUUUAUUACUGUAGUCAGAGUGUGUGACCGAUGCUAAAAAGACUUGUGCUCAGUAAAGUAUACAAGUCACUAUAGAUUAUCUAACCAAUCUUUGGGUCCAUUGAACCUUAGGGAUUCACAUUACCCAAUACUCCUCCCUUUCCCAGGACAGACAAGACCAGACAGACAGUUCACACUUGAACCAUUGCACCUGCUGCAUCCUUUGAGGACCUUCUCAGGAAUCUCUUUGGCAUUUCAGUGUCAUUAAAUCACGCAGUGGACACAAAAUCGAAUCUCACACGUGAUUGAACAAUGUCAAAUAAAUACAUUCUAGUACUGCCAGAGCACCGGCUGAAAGGUUAAAACAUGUCCUAUAUUGUGAUCCAAAUGGUCAGAAUAAGGUGAGCAUGCUGAGGAGGCUCCAAAUGUCCAUAGAUCAGUUAGUGAACUGUUGGGGAUAUUUCACUACAGUAUAUUAGUAUACCAUGGUAAUGCACUACUAGUGAAGUUGGCAUAGAAUGGUACAAGUUGGCAAACUGAGCUACGAAGUGUACAUUAUUGAAGAUAUGCUAAGGUGAUCUAUUUUAUUCUGUUUCAGUGGAACUUCCCGCUGAUGAUGCUGAUCUGGAAGAUGGGUCCAGCGCUCUGCUGUGGGAACACACUUGUUAUAAAACCAGCAGAACAGACACCUCUCACGUCGCUCUACAUGGGAUCUUUAAUUAAAGAGGUAGUAUUGCAGAUCCCUUAAGAGUGAACUCAGAUUAGCAUACAUUUUACUAUUGAAUUGUCUUUUUAUAUACAAAUAUUACAGUACCUAUAAUAUUAUCCCCUGCCCUAUGCAUAUCUCCUCCAUCACUAAAUACUCCCCUGCACAGUCUUUAUUUUCUUCCCAUGGCAAGUUGACCCAGUUCUGGACUUAAGUUUAAUCAUACCUGACCACCAUUGCCUCCCUAAUACUACCACCAGCGCCACAGAUGAUGGCAAUAAUAGGCAUCACCCUCUCCAGCUUCAGAAUACGUACCAAAUUUAUACACAAAGUUUUGGCAACCACCAGGAAAUCCAUUUUACAUACUUGGAUCCUUCCCAAGCCUUGACUAUAGGGUUAACAAAAGCAAACUUGUUUCACGCAUUGAGAAUGGACUGGAUUGAAUCCAUGUCACACAGAGACAAUAAAGCAAAACAGUUCUUUAAAACCUGUCAAGCCUAUAUCAAUUCUGUGGAAACAGGCAUGACGCAAUCAUUGAAAAAACUCUUUGAAAACACCAACUGGUACCUACAUAGAACUCUGCAGGGCAUCUCACCCACCCAUCCACCUUAACUGUUAAUAGGAGUCUCUCCAAUCUUCCAGGAGGGUUCUUUGUCUCCUCUUACAUUGGACUUCACGUCAUUACUUGCAACAACCUCCUUAAAAACAGUUUUAAUAAUAAAACUCCCUACUAAUAGAGCUUGAACCCUAAUUUUCUAGUGUUUAAACAUGUUCAAAUAACACCGUUUUCCAGCCUCCUUGCAUAAUACCUUGUCUGUUUGACACUUUCUCUAGAUUGGAAAUUUGUUGGCAAGACCUUUAAUACCCACGUAUCGGUUGUAUUAUCCUUUUGAUUACUGUAAAAAGUGCUAUCUAAACAGCACACAACAUUAAUUAAUGUGCAAAUAAUAAUAAUGUACAGCCCUCCUGUGUUAUUUCUUAACACCAUGUGCGUAUCCUUUCAGGCUGGCUUCCCUCCCGGAGUAGUCAAUAUUGUUCCAGGUUAUGGACCUACUGCUGGAUCAGCCAUCUCUUACCAUCCAGACAUUGACAAAGUUGCCUUUACUGGCUCUACAGAGGUAAGAUUGGCUCUGCUGUUUUUUCACUAAAGAAAGACCCAAUUUACAUAGUUUCACUAAAUCCCUAUUUAUCACAUUAACAAAAAUGAUGCUCUCAGUGACUACCAGAAUUGGGUGAAAGUUUCUAACAAAAAGAGAAAUAGGCAAACAUGGGCACCUAUCAUUUUGAAGAACAUAAUAAGAUAUAUAUUUUUUUACUUUCUCUCUAAUGUAUAAUAUCUUAUUAUAUUAUAAAAAUUAUGGGUGCAUAUAGGACAUAAUAUUAACAGUACCAAUUGAUGCUUUGUAGAACAAGGAGUAAUUAAAGGCUCACUAUAGUGUAAAGAAAACAGAGCGGUUUUCCUGACACUAGAGUGCCCUGAGGGUGCCCCUUACCUUAUUCCAGCGCCGGGCUCUCUCAGCGCUGGUGACCUCGCCUCCCCCGCCGACGUCAACUCUUUCUGCCGACGUCAGCAGAGCCGAAUGCGCAUGUGCGGCAAGUGCCGCAUUCAAGCUGUCAAUAGGACAUUUCUCAAUGCUUUCCUAUGGACACUCUGCGCGAUGGAGGCAUAAUAUGCCUCCAGCAUCGCAGAUGCACCUCUAGUGGCUGUCCGGAUGACAGCCACUAGAGGCUUGUUUAACCCCAAAUGUAAACAUAGCAGUUUCUCUGAAACUGCUAUGUUUGCAUCUGAAGAGUUAAAACCUGAGGGACCUGGCACCCAGACCACUUCAUUGAGCUGAAGUGGUCUGGGUGACUAUAGUGUCCCUUUAAACAGAAUAAAUGCAAUAAUAAAAUAGUCAGAUUGUGAAAUGAUUAUUUAAAUAUAUUAAAGCAGCAGUUUAACCAAUAAUACUCUUUCGGUAUAAGUAGGAAAUCAAAGCUGGUCUUAAUUACACCUUUUACUUUAUAAAGUUUAUGCUACUUGAGUUUCAGAAAUAAGUAUACUGAGGGGGGACAACAAAAGAACAUAAUCUCCACGUUUGAAGUUGCUUUGGGCCUGGUGUUCUGCAUAGAAACAGCGCCAUCUAGAGGUGGAUGUGACCCUUAGCAAAUUAUUUGUAGAUCCCAGAAGUGGAACAUUUAAAACUCUGAUUAAUGGGAUAGUGUAAGUGCCAUAAGUACGUUAUCUUACUAAAGUGGAUAUAUAGAGCAAAGCAAAAAAAAUUACAAUUUUGUAUCAAUGAAAUGUAAGCAUUACAAAUAUAAGUGCAUUUUUGGAAAUAGAGUUUCAUUCUAAUAUUAUUUCUUCAGGUUGGAAAAUUAAUUAAGGAAGCUGCCUCUAAAAGUAACUUGAAACGCUGCACUUUGGAACUCGGGGGGAAAAAUCCAUGUAUUGUCUUAGCAGAUUGUGACAGUAAGUGAUUUCAGUGUAUAUCAAAAAUUCAACAUAACCUAACAACUAGUUUGCACAAUGCAACCAUUUCUGAACGGUUGCUCAAAUUUUACUGUAGACGGCUAUCACCAGGACAUUUCAGACGAAUAGAGACAUUAUAGAAAUGAGAGAUUGUGUACCAAUUGGACCAAAUAAAAUAUUGGUAUAUCUGUCAAAUUUUGUUUAUUUCCUGUCAAAAUAAACAUACAAAUAAAAGAAUCUAAGUAUCUGCAAAAUUACCUUUUUAAUAAUGGGGUUUACCCCUUAUUUACUGAACACUGAAUUGUAGAGAAUUGGAGAAUUUGGUGUUGAGUGAAUAAGUCACGUAGGGGAAAUUUAAUCAAUUUAUCUAAUAGACCAGUGUUGUGCACUUUCUUUAACAUGGAGGGUAUUUAGCUUGGGUGUCCAUCUUGUGGCCCUCUUAACCUUUGAAAUAAAAAAAAUAUAAAUAAGGUGCAUAAAGUGUCAAAUGUAUAAAAACGUUUUACAUGAAAAAUGAUAAAUUAUGAUACUUCCCCCUUUCUCAGAAGCUUUAGAGGCUUCCAACUGAUAAAUCCACAAUCUUUUUUUCUCUCUCUUUCUCUCUGUGUCGAUUUAUCAGAUGAAAACCUUUGUAUGGUGAGUUUUUUGUAUAUACAUUUGACACUGUGCGCACCUUAAUUAUAUAUAUUUUUUAUUUCAUUGUGAAAUUUUGUCAUUGUUGUGAGGACACUAGAGUGGAGAACAGCAUGUUCCCCAUGUUGAAAGUGUAUGAUUAAUGUUUUCUUUUUUGUCACCCAUGAUGCGCCUAACAUUGUGAUUGUUUAUGUUUUUUGUUUGCUCUUAACCUUUGUUUCGACUUUUUCUGCAGUGGAGCUUGCUGUAGAGUGUGCUCAUCAAGGUGUCUUCUUCAAUCAAGGCCAGUGCUGCACUGCAGCCUCUCGUGUUUUUGUAGAGGAAUCAAUCUAUGCAGAGUUUGUCCGACGCAGUGUGGAUCAUGCCAAACGGCGGCUGGUGGGAGACCCACUAGAUCCCAAAACUGAACAAGGUCCCCAGGUAGAGAUCCUUGAACAAUAGAUGAGAUUUCAUUGUGUGUUUAUGUGUGCAGUGGCUGUUUACAAGAUGCAACAAUAUUGUUAGAAUGCACAAGGUCGAGAGUAAUAUUAAUGACAAGAUAACAAAACUGUGUAGUAAUUUUGCAUCAGGGGUGUCCACACGGCACUCCAGAGAUUGCGGUUUAAAAAUUCACAUAUGCAUCUGACAGGCAAAGACUAACAGAAUUAUGUGAAAUAUUGACCAACAGCUGGAGGUCCAUGAAUGGCCAUCAUUGGUGUAUAGUAAUAUGAUGAGGAAUAGGAAGUUAUCAGUAAACAGGACUGGGGGUCAAAAUCAAACCAAAACAGCUUUUCUUUGCUAAGAACAAUUGGCAAUUUGGUACAAGCAGGUGUGCCACCAUUAAACUUAUUCAUUGGAGAGGUAGUUUAAAAAUGCAGGAAAUGUGGAAUGGGGGCUUCUAUAAAUGAAAUAAUUAUUCAUUGUUUUGGGGUGCAUGAUGAAAUAUAUGUAUGCAUAUGAUAAUCAUGGCUUUUCAAUUUUCAAAAUUUCCACUGUUUUCCAAAUGAGAGAAAAUGUAGGCAUUAGACCAACAGGCAUCCCAAACUCUGAUCCCCCCAAACUAGAGCUCCCAUAAUUCUCUGCCCAUCUAUUGCAAUUAAAGAAUUCUAGGUGGUAUAGGCCAUCAAUUUCUGGGUAGAGGGGGGAGGUCGUAUAUUAUGAGAUCCUUGCACUAAAGGAACUCUUUCCUGAAUGAGUAGAGAUGGGGUUUGUAAUAUCUUCACUGUUUAAAUAUUAUUUAGUGGUUUCAGUUUUGAUUAUACAAAAGUCAAAAAAGUUUUAAAUGUGAGCCCUUUCCCUUAGUAAAGGUAGAACAUGAGCUAGCAUUUGUGACUUGCAUAUAUAGUUGUGUAGCAGCACAGAUAUAUAUAAUAAUAAUAUUGAAUUUAUUUUAAUAUGCAUUUCUUCAUCUUUUCAAACUAAGCCUCAAUGGAGUGUAGAAAUGAGGCAAGUACACAUAUUAUUACUUUUAGCAUUAACUUUGGGUUUUUUUGGGGGGUGGGGGGCUUUUUUUGAAAACUUAUAAUUCACUGACAAUUCCUCUUUGUGAUCCUUAGGUUGACCAAGAACAAUUUAACAAGGUCAUUGGAUUCAUACAGUGUGGGAAGGAAGAGGGAGCAAAGCUGGAAUGUGGUGGGUCAGCAAUCGGGGACCGAGGACUGUUCAUUAAACCAACUGUAUUUUCUGAGGUGACAGAUGACAUGAGGAUAGCCAAGGAAGAGGUAAUUCAGGGGGUUCAGUAAAGUACAGGAAUGGGUCAUUGUCUUUAAAGAUGGAACGUUUUCGCUUGUGGAAUGGAAGACUGGUUGAAGUUUAAAUAUGUUACAUUACACUGUUUGUAGUAGAUGUGAUGACCAUAAAUAUCUGUAUAUCUUGAAAUAAAAACAUGUAGACAUGUACAGACUUAGAUAAUAGAUAUACAAGCUUCUCACUACUUUUUACUGUCCAUCUACUACUUUUAAAAUGCCUUUUACUAAUGUUAGUGAGUAGUUGUUUAUGGUAAAGAGCAUUCUAAAUAUUCAUUUAUCUCUGCACUGUAUCCCCUUAAGGACGCUGGAUGGACAUUUUCCAUCAUUGCAUUCCUCCCCUUAAGGAAUACUAACAUUAACCCCAGAUUGCCGCAAUUGUGGGGUUGAUGUUCCUGUAGUGUGCCUCCGUGUCCGAGGCACACUACCGCAAGCAUUUUCACUGAUACAGCCCAUGUGAUAGCUCUGACCAGGAGUAAGAGCGAUCACACGUGCUGCAGUGAAAUCCGACCUGUCUCCCUGCAGCUCUGUGUGAGCUGUGAAGUGCAGAGAGACAGAUCGGUGCUGAUCUGCUGCUCUCUUCAAGAAAAAGUUGUAAAAUUCCAACCCCCCCUCAUCCCUUCCCAAUAAAAUGUAACCCCUUCCCUGCCCUUUGAUCAUUGUCUGCAGUGAUCAAAAUACAGAGACAGUAUUUCACUGUGAUCUAUUUUUUUUCUUUAAACCCCUGAGGGUUAACUUUUAUUUAUUUAUUUUUUUAACCCUCAGGGGUUACAUUUAUUUAGUUACUUAAAUAUUUGUAAAAUAUUAAUUUAUUUAGCCAGGGUGGGUAGAAGUUAGUGGAGAAUUUGGGGGAUUUACUGUGAGGCUAGUUGGGGGUUGACAGUAAAAAAAAACUUUUAAACAGUUUUAAAAUAGUAAAAAAAAAGCUUUUAAAAAGGUAAAAAAGUUUUUAAAAUAAAAAAAAGUUUAAAAAAAGAGAAAAAAUACGUAUUAUCUCUCUAUUUGGUACAGGCUAGUGAAAAAACGAUCCUAUGCCAAGAUUCAAAAUAUGCCUUUUGAAACACCCUUGGGUGUUUUCUUUGGGAAAUGGUAUGCCUUUGUGAAGUAAUUGGAAAAAACAACCUGGUAAAAAAAAUUCCCCCCUCCACACGCGCAAGACCCCCGCCUUCUAAAUACACACACACUCACUGACAGAUACGCAUACACUAGCUAACAGAAACACAAAUUCACUGACACACACAGACACUCACUCACUCACUAGCAGACACACACACACUCACUGACACACUCACAGGCAAACAUACACACACACUAACAGUCAGACACACACACACACUAACAGACAGACACACACACUAACAGACACACUCACAUUAACACUUUUGUUUUUUUACCCCCUCCAGCCUCCUUACCUUUGGGAAUGCUGGGGGGGAGGGGGAGGGUUCCCUUUCUCCCUGGGGGUCCAGUGGCUGCUGGGCUGGGCUGGGCUGGGCGGGCGGCUGGUGAGCGAGCUCUUCCUCUGAGCUGUCUGCUCAGCUCCCUCGCGUGCCUCAGAGUGAGGCUGUGAGCCGGGUUGAUGACGUCAUAUUCCGGCUCCCAGCCUCACUCUGCGGCGCGCAAGGGAGCUGAGCAGACAGCUCAGAGGAAGAGCUCCCUCGCCAGCCGCCCGCCCGCCCAGCGCCGCCCGCUCGGCAUGUCGGUUAGCCACAAGGCUAACAAGACAUUUGCCCUGGGCAUUUGGGGGGCAGCUUUUUUUGCCGCCCCCUGGAAAAUGCCGCCCAAGGCAAAUGCCUUGUUUGCCUCGCGGCUAAAAUGCCCCUGCCUGGCAAAGGUACAUAUGGGGGUAUUGCUGUGCUCAGGUGACAUAGCUGAGAUGGGCAGUAUUGUAGAGCCGUAGCACACAUAAGGUUUGCAAAAUAUACAGUACAAACUCACUGUGUGUCAAAAAACCAUUCAAAAGUUACCACUACACUUGGUACAGGCUAGCGGAAAAAAUGAUUUCAGGCUAAGGUUCAAAAUAUGGCUUUUGAAUUACCCUGGAAUGUCUUCUUUAAGAAAUGGUAUGCCUAUUUGGGGUAGUUGGAAUAAGCAGCCUGCUAAAAUAUUUCAAAAUAGAACAUGGUCCCAUCAAAACCCUCUAUGAAAAUUCACACUUAAAGAACUGAAAUUGACAGGUUUCUUUUACAGCACUGUAACUUCACAAAUUAGUGUCUAGGUCAUACACUGGGCAUAUUGUUUUAGUCAGAAGAUACAACUGAGCAUACUUAGGGGGAAUUUAUUACAGCGACACUUAUCAAAUGUACGAAAUACUCAGAAAACAUGCAACAUGUAUGUAAAAACUUUUUUACUUUUUUUCUCACCACAAAAUUUGAAAUAAAUUGGUGAAAAACUGGUGGCAAGUUAAGGUAUAAUAUAUGCCUAUUAAGAUACCCUGGAGUGUCUGCUUUCUCAAAUGGAAGGCCUUUGUGGGGUUAGUUGUACAGGCAAACUGCUAUAAUGCCACAGAAUCAGACAUAGUACCAUCUAUGAAAAUUCUAACUAUAGAAACUCAAAUAGCAUGGUCUCCAAUAUGACAUUGUAGCUUAACAGAAUAGUGGCAAAGGCAUACAAUGGGGGUACCGUUGUACUCAGCUGAACACAAUAUGGGGUUCUGUACAGGAGUAGCACACACCAGAUUUACAAAAUACUCAUUACAAAAUGUUAUAUGUGUAUAUGCCAAAAUAAAGAAAAAAAACACAAUUUUACUCCAGUAUUUAGCAGACAUUGGCGGUGAAUAGCUACGUAAAAAGUGUCAAAAUAACCUUAGGUAAAUAGCCUGUGAUGUCUACUUUAUUCUAAAAUAUACUUUUGUGUGGCAAUUUUGUUUUCUGUGAUGGGUAUUAAACUUCCAACAAACAUACCAACUUUUAAAAUUGUUUCACAUUGAAAUUUUAUGAUUUGAUUUUGAAUUACUUUUCCUAAGCUGGACAUAUUUUGCACACAUUAUUAUUGCCAAAACAUGAAGAUUUUUUUUUUUUUUUUCUAUUUUGAAAUGUUUUUGUAAUAAAUGAGAAUUUAUAUAUGUAUAUGUUACAUCAAAUUAAAGCCCCUUUUGUCCUCUAAAAAACUGUAUAUAAUAUGUGUUGGUACAAUAAAUGAGAGAGAUGUAAAUUGCAGUUGUACAUAAAUGUCAAAAAAUGCAAAAGUUGCUUGUGUCCUUAAAGGAACACUAUAGGGUCAGGAACACAAACGUGUAUUCCUGACCCUAUAGUGCAAAACCCACCAUUUAGGUGGCUUACCCCCUGCCCCCUUUAGCCCCCUUAAAAGUGAAUAAAACUCACCUUAUUUCCGUCGCCGUUCGAAUUUGCCGGAUUUGGCCCUGCCCCCUUGGUGACAUCAGAAUUGCAAAUCUUUUGGAAUUUUUCCCAUGGGGAAAGCAUUGGAUUGGCUAAAUUCGGCAAGGUACCAGGGCCAAACACCGUUUUGGCCAAUCAGUACUUCCACAUAAAGAUGCAUUGAAUCAAUGCAUCUCUAUGAGGAAAAUUCAGUGUCCCCAUGCAGAGCAUGGAGAUGCUGAACGGCACUGCUGCCUACUGUGUCCUUAUCCUUAAGGGGUUAUCCAUUCAAAGACAGCUAUUACCAAAUAUUGACAUCAUUGGCAUAAAAAAGCUCAUUAUUUUACACAUGAGUACAAAGCACUGGAUGUACAGAUAGUCCUUAUUCAUGUCAGCUAUCUGGGUGACGCAGAGACGGUUGUACUAAGCUGUACUGUGUGGCUUACAUCUUUCCAUUAUAUCUCCAGUGAGAAUUGCAAAACUGCACAGCUGUCUAUUGAAAAGCAUAUAUUAAGUAGAUAUACUACACAUUCACAGGUAUAUCAGUGACUGAUGUAUUGGCCCAACACUCAGUGCAUUGCACAUAACCAGUAAUUUGUAAAUUAGGUUUCGACUUAUACAAUUCAAAAGAAGGUAUAUACCAGUAUAAUCAUUGAAAAGUAUGCCUGUGUAAAUGCUGUUAAUGAUACCAGAUCAGGACAUGGGCACAAUGACCACCUAUUGGUUUGGUUCAUUCUGUAAAUAAUACUUUAAAAAAUAUAUAUAUAUGUUUUAAAUUACUUUUAAAAGAUUAUAAAAUGACUGACACUUGCUCAGCAAGAGUAAAUAGCAGUUAGACACCUCCCUAACCAGGAAGAUUCUCCACCGAUCAGGAGCAGGGCAUUUUCAUCAAUAAGGGCUGAUCUUGUCCCACUGUCUAGCACUUCUUGUAAAGUAAUUUAUCCUGCUGACAGGAUGAGUGGGACUACUCUAUAAACUGACAGCAGCCAUACUGCGGCUGUUAUCAGGUUACACCCAGACCUGUUCAUGUAUAAUGCACAGUUUGGACAAAAUUGACACUGGCAACCUGGAAGUGAGAUUUCUGGUUGCCUGAUUGACAGCUCCAAUGGACACUUUUAUAAAUAGAAUGAUUUUACAACUGGUUGACUAUCAUUAGACCAUAGCGCUCUACCUAAAUCUCCUGAUAUAUUGUUGGGCUGUAAUGUGCCAAGCUAAUUAAAGGUUUAGUUGGCUAUUACAAUGUCACCAGGCAUUUCCACAUCCUAUCAGGAGACUAUCUAUAUGACAAGCACUGAAGGUAGUUUCAUGUGACAUUUGCUAAGAUCCAUGCAUUUCGUCUAUCCCUAAUGUAAUGGGCUGCAAUACGAAAUCAGAAAACCAUGUACACAAAUUAUGCAGUUUCUACCAUGUUCACUCUGGUUCUCUAUGAAUCAAACCCAACUCACAAGAGCCAUAGCAUUGCAAGUGUUUUGUUUUUUAAUUAACAUUUUUAAAGCAAUAUUGUGGCUCAGAAUAGACCAAAACAUAGGUCCCCAGCUAUUCAACAACAUCUGUCAUGAUUCCUGCACGUCACAGCUUCCCAGCUGCUGUGCAUUGACAGGCUGGCAAAGCAUCAUGGGAGAGUCAGCGCUGUAACAGCUGGAGAGCUCUGGAGUGUUUGUGAGAUUUUCAGGAACUGGAAUGUGACAUUCCUGCUGUAGGAUACAUAUUAACAGCACUCUCCCAUCUUCUGUUACAAUGCCACCUGUAUAUUGCAUAAUAUUAAUAAAUGACGUCCUUCUGAGUAGCUGAAAGCAUAACUUCCCUGUCCUCUGCAGAUUUUUGGGCCUGUUCAAGCAAUUCUGAAAUUCAAAAACAUAGAGGAAGUGGUAAAGAGAGCAAACAGCUCACAGUAUGGUCUGACAGCAGCUGUGUUCACCGGGAGCCUGGACAAAGCACUGACUAUUGCCUCGGCCUUGCAGUCUGGAACAGUGUGGUGAGUACUGGAGCCAAAAUUACUGAUAUUUCAUCAACCACUUACUACCAGGCCAUUUAUAGGAAAUCUGCACACCAUCCCAGAUUGAAUGCAGGACUUUAUUUGUAUAGCCACACUAGGUCUAAAAAUGGAAUUCAGAUAAUACCAUAGCUUAGUCUAAUGCAGGUUAUACUCAGUAUAGCUCUAUAAUAUGGGGAAUCAGCAAUACACCAAUACCAUAGCUUAGUCUAAUGCAGACUAUACUCAGUAUAGCUCUAUAAUAUGGGGAUUCAGUAAUACACCAAUACCAUAGCUUAGUCUAAUGCAGACUAUACUCAGUAUAGCUCUAUAAUAUGGGGAAUCAGCAAUACACCAAUACCAUAGCUUAGCCUAAUGCAGACUAUACUCCGUAUAGCUCUAUAAUAUGGGGAUUCAGUAAUACACCAAUACCAUAGCUUAGCCUAAUGCAGACUAUACUCAGUAUAGCUCUAUAAUAUGGGGAUUCAGUAAUACACCAAUACCAUAGCUUAGUCUAAUGCAGACUAUACUCAGUAUAGCUCUAUAAUAUGGGGAAUCAGCAAUACACCAAUACCAUAGCUUAGCCUAAUGCAGACUAUACUCCGUAUAGCUCUAUAAUAUGGGGAUUCAGUAAUACACCAAUACCAUAGCUUAGCCUAAUGCAGACUAUACUACGUAUAGCUCUAUAAUACGGGGAAUCAGCAAUACACCAAUACCAUAGCUUAGUCUAAUGCAGACUAUACUCGGUAUAGCUCUAUAAUACAGGGAAUCAGCAAUACACCAAUACCACAGCUUAGCCUAAUUCAGACUAUACUCAGUAUAGCUCUAUAAUAAGGGGAUUCAGUAAUACACCAAUACCAUAGCUUAGUCUAAUGCAGACUAUACUCGGUAUAGCUCUAUAAUACAGGGAAUCACCAAUACACCAAUACCACAGCUUAGCCUAAUUCAGACUAUACUCAGUAUAGCUCUAUAAUAAGGGGAUUCAGUAAUACACCAAUACCAUAUCUUAGCCUAAUUCAGACUAUACUCAGUAUAGCUCUAUAAUACAGGCAAUCCGUAAUACACCAAUACCAUAGCUUAGCCUAAUGCAGGUUAUACUCAGUAUAGCUCUAUAAUAUGGGAAUCAGUAAUACACCAAUACCAUAGCUUAGCCUAAUGCAGGUUAUACUCAGUAUAGCUCUAUAAUAUGGGGAUUCAGUAAUACACCAAUACCAUAGCUUAGCCUAAUUCAGACUAUACUCAGUAUAGCUCUAUAAUACAGGCAAUCCGUAAUACACCAAUAUCAUAGCUUAGUCUAAUACAGGUUAUACUCAGUUUAGCUCUAUAAUAUGGGGAUUCAGUAAUACACCAAUACCAUAGCUUAGCCUAAUGCAGGUUAUACUCAGUAUAGCUCUAUAAUAUGGGGAUUCAGUAAUACACCAAUACCAUAGCUUAGCCUAAUUCAGACUAUACUCAGUAUAGCUCUAUAAUACAGGCAAUCCGUAAUACACCAAUAUCAUAGCUUAGUCUAAUACAGGUUAUACUCAGUUUAGCUCUAUAAUAUGGGGAUUCAGUAAUACACCAAUACCAUAGCUUAGCCUAAUGCAGGUUAUACUCAGUAUAGCUCUAUAAUAUGGGGAUUCAGUAAUACACCAAUACCAUAGCUUAGCCUAAUUCAGACUAUACUCAGUAUAGCUCUAUAAUACAGGCAAUCUGUAAUACACCAAUAUCAUAGCUUAGUCUAAUGCAGGUUAUACUCAGUUUAGCUCUAUAAUAUGGGGAUUCAGUAAUACACCAAUAUCAUAGCUUAGCCUAAUGCAGGUUAUACAGGACAAUCAAUAUCAAUACACCACCACCAGAGCUUAGUAAGUAAAGGUGAUAUAUAUAAUUUAAAAUAGGCAAUGUUCUAAAUACUGCUUAUAAACAAAACACAUACAAAAUACACAAUCCAGCACACUCACUUAUUCACUAAACAAGGAUUUCAAAUCUCACAGAUUGUAAUAGUUUUAUUUAAAAAUACCUCAACUAGGCAAAAAAAUUCUAAUUAUUUUUGUCCUAUCUGAGGUAUUUUUAAAUAAAACUAUUACAAUCUGUGAGAUCUGAAAUCUAGGAAAUGUUUAACUCAGUCAUUAGAUGCAACACUUGUAUGACCUCCUUCUGCACAUACAGCAAAGUCAGAUAUAGAUAAUAGUCACUAUACCCAUAUUACUUGUAAUGCAGCCACAAUGCUAGCACAGGCAAUCUUUUCAAACCACUGCUAGCUGAUCUUAAACAAGAUUAUAAUGACUAUAUUGUAUUCAACUACUUGUCUCUUAGUACAGUUUAAAUUAGAAACCAAUAGAAACUUUAUAGCAAUACAAACAUAUACAUGCCGAAAAUUCUUACUUACAUAAUGCAUCGUUCUUUAUUAACACCUAUAGUUUAGAUCCCUUGGACUGGAUUCUGUUGAAACAAAGAUAGUAAAAUUCAGAAAAAAAAGAAAACAGUGGUAUAGAAGGAAUAAUGUAAUCUUUAUUCUAAAUAUAUGUAAAAUCGGAGCAUACUUCAUACAUAUAGGAUAUAAUUUAAAAAACCCUCUUAUUAAGUAAAAUACCCAUCUGAUGCUAUCAAAUUUCUAAAGUGCUUAACAGGACAUCUCAUCUCCAUCCUAAGUAUAGAUGAUGUAAUAAAUGACUGUUGCCAGCAGAGGGAGUAAAAACAUAUUCCUCUAUAAUCUAGCUGAGCUCACAAUAAACUUUAGUGGCAACAAAGUCUCUGAUGGAAAAACCUCUAACAAAGCGAUAUCAAUCAUUCAGAAUAGGAGAAUGUAGGUGGAAGGGGCAGAGCCAAGCAACUGAGCAGAGUAGCCGCAUCACAAGAGAACUCUGGGCACUCGGCUAUCUUUUUACCCACUGGAGAUUCCAAAACUCCAAAUCGGUGAUCCCAGAGGACUUACCUGCUACACUAGCACCGAUAUGGGACAAAAAAGAAAAAAAUUCAAAUUUGACAAACCGCGUCCAGGCCUACAUAUCGAAGACCUCCUGUGCCAAGCAAACAGUGCAUCUGGACUCAAAAUGGCCACGUACCCCAAGGCCUCCUCUGAGUUCUCCGACGAUUUCUCCCUGAGGAGGAUAUGGAUCAUCCACCAAUCUUAAAGCCUCCAGAUCCGGUGCUGCGAGGCCCAGACACAGCACCAGUUACCACAGAGGUUCUCAAAUCAGUCCUGGCUGACCUUCAGAACAUACUGUCAUAUCUGGCAGUGAUCCACACAUACAUCAAAGGCCUAUCGGGGAGGCUGAGAGUGCAGGAAACCACCACAGGAGAACACACACAACAAAUUGCCUGCCUAAAGCAGGCAAUUUCAGCUUGCAGAAACAAAACGAGUCCUACGACCUGCGCUGGAGGACCUAAGACGUAGAAAGAAUGUUAAUCAGAUAGGACAUUUCAGCAGCGGAAUUACCGCACUUUAUAAGAUGCCUGAUAGCUGCAAUCCUAACCCAGAGACAAGGCAAAGCAGUGGGACUAGAAGGACUAUUCCGAAUACCCAAACAACCUAAGGCCCCAGCCACCGCACCACGAGACCUAAUAGUCAGUUUUCGUUGUGAAGGGGACAAGGUGGCCGUCCACAAAACUAUCAAGGAUUGCACACCCUACCAGUUUGAGAACAUGCAACUAAUAGUCUACUCAGACCUCUCGGGAGGUACCCUGGCAUGGAGGAGAUUUUUCUUGCCCUUGCUAAGAAAGCACCACUGCCAAUAUCGAUGGCACAUGGCACACACCCUCAUGGUCAUUAAGGGAGAAGAAACGUUUUUCAUACACGACAUGGAAGAAGUGAAGGCACUGCUGACAACUCUGAAUCUCUCCCAGGACUCUCUAGCACCUACGGGAACCUGAGGCAGCGGACCGGACACCCCACAAGUUGAACCCGGCUACGGCAAAACCUUUUGUCCCUCAAUGGUCCACACUCGACCUCUCAACAGAGAACUCCAUCUGACUCACCUCACGGAGAGACUGUCUCUCUAAUAUGCCCACAUUGGUUUACUUUAGUUGCAUAAUGCUUUCAGAUUAUUUUUUUUUGCUAUUGUUUCUCACGCUAGGUAAUAAGUUAGAUAGCAAUGAUCACCCUCAGCCCGACUGGUCUAAACAACUGAAUGAUAACCCCCCCCCCCAUCUAUCAGCAAUGCCAGGUGUAGCAAAACUUAAACUAGCAUUAUAUAGGUGUAAAAAUUUGACAUACUAAUUAAUUAAUGUAGUGACCAGGCAUCCCAAGGUUCACUCUGGGAAUUUCAAUUUACCUUGUAUUAGGUAGUAAUAAUGAUGAUAAUGUGAACAAGGAUGUACUUAAUUAAACGCAAUGAACGCACUCCUUAUCAAAAACCUUCAUCCCACGGCUUAAGCUUGGCUGGUGGUUAGAAUUGCAAAUAGUAUUUGAUAUCUAUCUCUUGCAUGUACACACUGCUCAUUUCAUUUAUGAAAUGUCUUGUCUGUGGUUUGAAACCAAAAAUAAAGAAUUUAUAAAAAAAAUAAAAAAAAAAUUAAAUAACCUUGAUUCACAGUAAAAAUAAUGUUCCCAAUUCCGUAUAUCCAGUGGCUACGCAGGAUCCCCAUAAGGAAAUCAAAAAGAAAAAAACUAUUGCGGAAAGUGAACAUAUAACAAACAAUGUAUGAGCAGUUACUAAAAUGGGAUGCCAUACAGUAUUGCCACACCAGUAAUAAACGGCAAACAAAAAAAAGAAUGGUCCAGAUUUCUCCAAAUAUAACAUUUGUUUUAUUUAGUGGACAGCAUGAACACAAACCGCAACAUUUUGACUCACACAUGAGCCUUUUUUUCAAGUGUGAAAAAUGAAUGCCACAGAAAAAUAAGGGAAACAGAAAUGCACUCUUAGACUAAAAAAAAAAAACAGAAAAAGUAAACAAAGCUAUAUCUCUGUCUCUAAAAUCACGCUAAUCUGCAACCAAGAUGUGUUUGCAUUUCACUCAGCAGAAAAAUUAUAGAAAACUUUAGAUUUACAGACACACAGAAUAUUGACAAAUCGUACUUCAUUCUCUAACUAUAUAUACUUGCUACAGCUUCACCUACUGUCCGAUCUACCACCCACACUUAUACUUGAAUAAUAAUGUUGCAAUUCAAACUAUAUAUUCUUUGUGCAUGGCUUUUAUUAUGGAAGUGAUGACUAAGCUUUAGCACUUCUUCGGUUGUAGACUACAUAUCCCACGACGCUCACCUAGCUAGUGUCUGUUUCCUGGUAACGUGUUCCAACAGCUGUUGUGUUCUAGGUUACCAUACACUCAAAUGAUAACAGCUUCUUAAAAUCUUUUUUGGUUUUGUGGAAUGCAUGGAGAAAAUCUAUGGAGAGUAGAUGGAAAAAAUUAAAAUGAUCACUUUGUCUCACACAGACUGUGUUUAUUUCAGGAUUAACUGCUACAAUGCCCUGCAUGCACAGACACCAUUUGGAGGUUUCAAGAUGUCAGGGAAUGGCAGAGAACUGUAAGUAAGAUUUUGUGUAUAUUGGAAAUCAAGGACAUUUGUCUAUGACUUUGUGUGCUUUAUAUUCAUUACGUUUAAAUAUAACAAGGAGCAUCAACCAACAGUUAACUGGAGGCCAGUGUUGGACACCCCUGGGUUAUAACUGUGUGACUAGAUAGAACCAGGAUAAUCUAGCAGGUGGUAAUAUUACAUAGAAUGAAUAUGUACACUAUACACUGUAUUCAGUGUAUAACAAAAAUAUACUUUGAACUACAGUAUAUAAAAAUAUACUUUGAACUACAGUGUACUAAGAAAAGGGUACUAGUAAUGAAAAGGAAAAAAAAUGCAAAAACUGGGAUUCCAAGGAUACAAAUUUGUAUCAAAAUUAUAAAAUGAAUGUAUAAUUGUUGAAUCUAGAUGAAAACAUGCAAUUCAGGUAAAUUGGUAAAAUGGCAUUAAUAUGUAAAUAUUGCUAAUGUCCUUAGGGUUGCCAGCAUCAUCUUCCAUUCAUUUGAACUGAAGCAGCACUGCACAUGGGCAAUGACCCCUGCUGUUGAUUACUGUGGGGAAAGCACUAGGCAUGCGCACACAUGCAUUUCAACUGGUUCAGAAAAAUCAACUUCCUUUUAAUGUCCAAGGGAGUUGAUCUGCUGGAAUUUACCUGUGGACUGGACGGAUCUGCUCGUUAGGACUAAAAAGGAUUAAAAUGAAUUUGAGUUUGUACCUGCAUUUGUGCUCAAGUCUAAAAAGGACUUAAUUUGCAGGUGCAUGUGAAAUCACGUGUGUGACUGUUUAGUGCUCUUCCCAUUUGUUUCAGUUGGAGACACCUGGGCUAUUCCAUCACAAGUGGCAGAUCUAAUUCAUUUUGUACACUUGAGCUAACAUUGUUCGAAUGUACCCUGGGUUUGAAGUUCCUCUUCAAAGAAUUUUAAAGAUUUGUGCUCAAAUAUAAAUUAGUUGUUCAGUAGCUGAGUGUGCUGCUCAUUAAAAAAAUAAAAUGUGGAACAAUAUACUGAGCAUCGACGUGUAGACAGAAUGAAUUCUGACGUGUGAAUCCUUCUUUAAUUUCAAAUUCUAGCCUAGGAAAAUGGCCGCCAAUCCAAUUGGGUGUAGAAGAAAUGCAUUACCCAUUUUAUAAGUUAUCAACGUCUUUAUAGUAAAAUUCCCUUUGGGCAUAUAAGUUGUUUCACAGGUUAUUGACAUGAUGUUUAUUGCUCCCAUUAACCUAACACUUAAAUACCAUUUUUUGUUUACAGGGGAGAGUAUGCUCUGGCAGAAUAUACGGAGGUUAAAACAGUCACCAUUAAACUGGCUCAGAAGAACCCCUGAGACGUGAAACUGGAGUAAAAGAAUAAACCAGGACAUUGUAAAACAAUCAAUAUUCUCACAAUGAUAGCUCAAAGGGCUGGAAAGCCUGGCAAGACUGUAUUUUUAUUUUUUAAUUUUAUUUUAAAAAAAUGUAAUGAAACAACGCAAGUCGCCAAACUGACCUCCACCUAAAUUUGAGUUUUAUAAACACAGUUUUCCUCUUUCAUUAGAUAUGCUAUUCAGAAUCACCCUCACUAGAAAUAAAUCUCAAUUAAUUGAGUGAUACAUUUAUAUAUGGGCACUUGAUAUCAAGAAUUGUAUUAUUCAGGUAUUGAAUCUUUUAUUUCCUCCCUAUGCCAUCUUUACUGACUGGAGAAGGAUUUUUUUUUUAAUGUAAAAUUAUUAUUUGGAGAAAAUAGGACUUCAAAGAUUUAGAAAAUAGUUGGGCAAUUGAUAUUUACAGUUAAAAAAAAAUUCUUAUUUUGAUAUUUUUAGAUUUAGCUCUGACAUAUGUUCUUUUGGACAGUUCAUAAUGAAGCAGGUGCUUUUAUAAAUUCCAGUUUUUUUUUUAUCUUAAUUGUACUUUUUUGUAUUGUUAUGGUCUUACAUCUUCCAGUGUGUACAUUUCUCAUAUAAUGAGUAUUUAAUGUUCUGAUCAAGUAGACUUUAUACCAUGUUUUUCUAUGAAUAAGUAAAACAAAAAAAAUAUAUAUAUACACAUCUAUAUAUACAUAUUUAUGGAAUAUAAAACUGUUAAAAAGGUUUUAUUUCCAUUAUUCAACAAAUUUAAUAACUAAAAUGUGUGUGUCACUUUCUUUAAAAAGUUUAAUGUAAGGAAACCUAAUGUAUUUUAUAGAUCUUCAAACAUACAGGUAAACAAAAAGUUACCUGCGUCCUAUUCCAAAUCUCUGUGCAUAUUAAUAUAAAUGGAGGUUUUUUUGUUCCACUCCAAUGGCCAGGUAAACAUAUUUGCUUAUAAUGCAUGUUGUAGAGAUAUGCACAUUAGUGAUGUCCCGAACGGUUCGCCACGGAUGGCGAACAUAUGCGCUGUUCGGUCCGCCCCCUAUGUCAUCAUAGAGU